UUCUGGUCAAAGGGUUGCAUUUAUACAACUCAAAUAAAAUCGGAUUUUUUUAUUUUGUCUUUCAGCCAUGGGUACUCUGCUGCUGCUUUGUGCUUUGGGAGCUUUACUCAGCUGUCCAUCGUCCACUGAAUUCGUAGGCAGGGAGUUUGUCCUGUCAUUCAUGCAGAAUUGGAUUAAAGAUUAUGAAACCCCGAGCCAUCGGCUCUAUAUCACUGCUGUUGAGGCCAAUACUAAAGUGACAGUGUCUGUGCCGCCCUUAAAAUUCAGGCAAGAAGAAACUCUCAAUGCUGGAGAAGGGGUCACUGUAUCUCUCCCUGCCCAAGUUGAGAUGUACGGCUCCGUGAAGUCUCCCAACUCAGUGCGCAUUGAAGCCUCAGCACUUGUGGCUGUGACUUCUUUCAACUACAAGUUAUACACAGCUGACACCUCUUUGGUGUAUCCCACCACUGAAUGGGGUAAUGAAUAUUUCAUCUUCACCCCUGGUCAACCCACCUGUGGCACCUUUAAAGAGUUCUCUGUGACAAAUGGAAAACAGAGAAACAGAAUUGAAAUUUUAACACAAGGGCGCAUCGUGUUCCAGCAUCAUGUCUAUAAGAAGGGCGCUCAAAUGGUAAUAGAUCUCCAGCCAUAUGAGAGUAUCCAGCUCCAGAGCACGGAUGACCUCUCUGGCAGCAGGGUUUCCUCCCAGUACCCUGUUGCUGUUUUCACAGGUCACAGUUGCACCUGGCGAUUCUCAAGAUGUGACCAUGUUAACGAGCAACUACUGCCUGUCAGCAGCUGGGGAUCCAGCUUCAUUGUCCCUCCCCUGACACUCCAGGACAAAUAUGAUAGUGUUAUUAUCCAGGCUUCCCAGGCCACCCAGGUUACUGUCCGAAAUGGCAACACUGAACAGGUGAUUAAAAUGAUCAGUGGGCAGACAGUGACAAUCAAGUCCCAAAAAAAGAAGACAGUGUUCAUUCAGGCUGAUCAAGGCAUUCAGGUCCUCAUGUUCUUCAAUGGCAAAUCGUUCGGGUUGCUCAAAUACUAUGACCCUUUCUUGAUGACCAUCCUGUCCACAGACCGUUUUUGCACCUCUUACUCGCUAGAGGCUUUCAAAGGGUUUGACAAUCAAGCCCUGGUUGUGGCGCGGACUAGUGCAUUGGGAAAGCUGCGUAUCGAUGGUAGAAGUUUGCCUCGUAAUGUCAAGUGGGAAACGGUUGCAGGGACAGAUUUCUCAUGGACCCAGAUUUCUCAUAGUGGUAGACAAGCUGUGUACAGCUCCGACUCCCGCUUUGCUCUUUACAGCAUAGCAUUCAAGAACAGGAACAGUUAUGGUGCUCCGGCACAAUGUUUACAGCCAGUGAGAAGCGCUUUGCCCGGCACCUGCUGGGCUAAGGGAGAUCCUCACUACCAUACCUUUGACGGUCGACACUUUCACUUCAUGGGUACCUGCACUUAUGGUUUUGCCAAAAACUGUGGAAAGAAUGAUUCCCCAGCCUUUGAGGUCCUUGCCCAGAAUGAGAAUAGGGGAAGCCUCAGGGUGUCUUAUGUCGCCCUGGUCACAGUGAAGGUGUAUGACGUGUCCAUCACAGUAGCUCGGUCUGAGACAGGUCGUGUGAGGAUUGACAACAUCGUGUGGAAUUUGCCUGUAACCUUGAACAACAACAAACUUGUUAUGAGUCACAGUGGUCGCUUUGUGCUCAUUGAGACUGACUUUGGCCUGACUGUGCGUUAUGACUGGAACCACCAGCUCAUUGUCACUCUGUCCAGCAGUUUCGCUGGUAAGACCUGUGGUCUCUGUGGCAAUUUCAAUGGCAACCCCAAUGAUGAUUUCACCACACCCUCUGGCACACAGGCACGUGGGGCUGUGGCCUUUGGUCGCAGCUGGAAGGUGCCGGGGCUGGUGAAAGACGCUCUGUGCAGCGAUGACUGUGUGGGUGGGUGUGAAAAGUGUGAAGACAAGUUGAUGAAGGAGUGGGAGGGGAACUCGUUCUGUGGGCUUAUCACACUUGUAGUAAAUGGGCCAUUUAGCAAAUGCCAUUCCAUCAUUGACCCACAUACAUACCUGGAGAACUGCAAAUAUGACGUUUGCAUGGGCGGUGGCAAUCAUCUUUUCCUUUGUCAGGCAUUGGAGGCAUAUGCUGAUGCCUGCCAGGGUGCGGGGAUUCAGGUUCAAGACUGGAGAAGAGUGUCAGAAUGCCCUGCCAAAUGUCCAGCCAACAGUCACUAUGAGCUCUGUGGCAAUGCCUGUCCUGUCACCUGUUCUGAUCCUAAUGCUCCCUCCAAAUGCAAACGCCCAUGUUUGGAGACCUGCACCUGCAAUGCAGGCUUUGUUUUGAGUGGAGGUCAGUGUGUACCUGCUGACCAGUGUGGCUGCACCUAUGAAGGACGAUAUGUCCCUGCUGGGGAGUCCUUCUGGGCUGAUCAGGGCUGCCGGAGCUGGUGUAAAUGCCUCCCUGGAAAAAGACAAGUAGACUGCCAGAAUAAAGGCUGUGGGGCAGGGACACUGUGCCAGGUGGUUGAUGGCAUAAGAACAUGUGAAUCAGUCUCAUACAGCACAUGCAAGGCCUCAGGAGACCCACACUACACAACCUUUGACAAGAAGAGGUUUGACUACCAGGGCACAUGCAUGUACCAACUUGUUGCACUCUGCUCCAAGAGACCAGAGUUGGUGCCCUUUGAAGUAUUUGUGGAGGAUGAUCACCGUGGCAGCAAAGUAGUUUCCUACACCAAGUUAGUAGAGAUCAAGGUGUAUUCCCUCAGCAUUGUUAUUACGAGGACACACGUGGACCAGAUCAUGGUGAAUACAGAGAUGGUCAAACUGCCCAUCAACCUGGCAGGAGGGCAGAUAUCUGCAUUUAAGAAGGGCCCCAAUGCUGUUGUCACCACAAACUUUGGCCUCCAAGUCUCCUUCGACCAGAAGAGUGUUGUGGUUGUGACAUUGCCAAGCAACUACAUGGGAGCCGUUUGCGGCCUCUGUGGCAACUACAACGGCAAAUCGCAAGAUGACCUGAUUCCAAAGAAUGGUGACAAAGUUGUUGCACCAGAAGCUUUCGGUCACAGUUGGCAUGUGGUUGGGCGCCCAGGCUGUGACAAAAUGUGAACGCACCGCUUCAGGGACUGGUGAGAUGACCAUUGUUUCCCAGAGUUUUGAGAGAGCCAAUCACCAGCCAGGUCUUAAAAUGAAUAGUCUUCGUCAGAGAACCCCAUCCCAUAUUCUUCACUUCUAUACAGGCUUGAUCUCUUGCCCUGCACAUGUGUUGCUGAAACUCUAUCUUUGUUAAAAUGUAGUUGUUGUGGUGGUAGGAUCAGAACAUAAGGGAAGACGAGGGUACCCUGUACACCUUUUCACACAUUUAGAUGUUUUUUUGUUUUACUCACAGCCACUUGUUAGUUAAGUUAGACUAGAGUUUUGUUUCAUUGUUUCUAUGGGUCUUUAAAACGUGUCACUUGUCAGGCCCACCCACACAUUCAAGGAACCUGUGUUCAUUUACUUUAAUUCUACAUCAAAUCAUACAUUCAUCCAUUAUGUGUUGAUUGUUGCGCGUGUGUGUGUGUGUCCUUAUUUAAUUUUAGUUUGAAAGGGGAUGUAACACAAAUCGGGGAUGAUCGCGGAAUCUUUUUUUUUUGAGCCAAUGCAAUCACUAGUUAUGAUUCUAAGAUAGGAUUGUGAGCGUAUGUUGCAUAUGGAGACAAACUGGCUGUCCCAGUUUUGACAAAGUUGAUUCAUAUCAUAAUGAUGACUUGUUAUGUAUUGUAUUGACACACUUGUGAAUAUGUAUGUGUUCAAAGGGACAUUAAAGGUGCAAUUGUGGAACAUCUGA